AUGGUAUGUAGAGAUGUCCAUGGUUUUACGUUAUGCCACUGGGCGGCGUGGAAGGGACACAUAGAGAUGUUUGAUCUCUUGAAGAAGAAUAAUUUCGAUAUGAACGCCAUCAACAACGGAGGGGAUACCAUGAUACACAUAACAGUGGCACAAGGGCAUAUGAAGGCUACUAAAAUCCUGCUGGAGAGUGGAGCGGAUGUGAAUGCCACAAACGAGCACGGAAACACUCCACUGCACAGCGCAUGCUUCUGGAGGAAUGAGCCCAUGAUUAAGUUGCUGGUAGCAAACGGGGCGAAGCCAGCGCAGACCAACAAAUUUGGCAAGACACCUCUGCACUUGGCUGGACCAAUGGCAAACCUUGUGAAAGACACCGCCGACGAGCAUGAUGUCGACACAACCCCCGUAUACUUUAAGGAGGCUGAGAAUGUGUUCGGGCGUGCUGUGAUGGACAUGGUGAUGAAAACGGCGAAGGUAGCACUCGAUGCGAAGAUACUUAACAUAUCGGAUAGCGACGAACUCAUUAGGUCAAACACCCGAGGCGACACAUACAAAACCUCGUACAAAAAAAACGACGUAUUGAUCACCAAACUGCGAGGCUCCAACAACCUCCGAGAUGUACACAUCGAAGACUUCAUGGCAGAAGCUGAGAAACUAAGGUUAACUGGAUUCUCGCACGUUAACGUGCUACCAAUGCUGAGUGUGGUUGACAAAACAGCCAAGGACGACUGUCUAUGGAUCAUGACGCAGCAUUUUCCACUGGGAACUCUGCACGACACGAUACAAAAGACAGAGAAGGGUCAAAUGCCGGUGUGGCACAUUGCAAAGGGCAUAGCGAAGGCCAUGGCGUACUUGCACGAUGACGUCAGGAUCACCAAAAGAAGUUGCUAUCAUCUAUCAUCACACACGGUAAAGAUGGACUUGCGUAAUACACCUGUCCUGAAUCUGGCUGACUGUGAAUUCCUAUUCCAACGAAAGUUCACGAAACGUCUCACCCACCCGGAAUAUGUCGCGCCAGAAGUUUUCGAGGACCUUGAGCACAAGAGCGAGAGAUCCGACGUUUACAGUUUCGGUGUAGUUUUAAAUGAGAUGGCGACUGGCGAGGCACCACACACAGGCCUAACCAGUAUGCAGAUUGGCUUCCAGGUAAUGACCCAGGGAAUCAGGCCUGAGAUGGUAGAGACUACAGAUACUCUACUACAUGAAACCAUCUUAUCGUGCUGGCAGGCGGUUACGAAGGAACGCCCCGACUUUGUUAGCCUAGUGAGGACAGUGUCCGAAGCAUCGAGCUAAGGGCAUAUUGGUAGAUGACCUUUACUGUGUUUUGGUUACCUCCAAUUAUAUUCGACAGCGACACGUACAUAUGACAGAGGCAUACAUAUAACGAAAUCUCAAAAUGUAUAACGCCGCUUCAUCGGUCUGGAUAGUCAAGAAGCUUUCAGAUCUCUUUGGGUUAAGUAGUUGUUGAAUCGUAUGGCGAAUUGACUAUCGACAUCAUGGCACGCGAUACUGAGUCUCGACACACACUUUAAACUCUAGUAUGCAUGUGAAUCCUUGGAAUCUAAGCUACUUAUAGUUAAUUAUAUUUUAAAAGCGACCCCAGGUACCAAAGAUAGUUCACUGCCAUGAUUCGCUUUUAAAAUUUACUUGGACUCAUUUUGUGCUUUGCUUCUGGAAUUCUGUUUACGCCGAGAUCAGAGCUUGUUAGACAAUUAUCGCGUUCCGCUUUGUCUGUGGGUACGAUUUUACAUACCCAACUGAAAAGACGCUUUGGGUUUUAGUACUACUUUAUUAGAUUGUAUGUAGCCCAAAUGACACCGUCUGCUUGGGUGACGAUAAGUGUAAAUCAACAACCAUCAGAAGAAGAAAAAGCACCAACUGGUAGUGUACAUACUGGAUGAAGCUAGAGUACUUGUCACUCUGACGGAGGAGAUAAGCAAGUCUAGCCGAUUAAGAGAUUGCGCGUAGUAAAGACCCACAAGAGCCACAACUCACAACUUCACGCUCGAGUCUUCUAUUUUGUACGAGGCCACAUACAUAGUACGUUUGUGAUAGUACGUUUGUACAGAACUAAAAUCCAAUAAUAGCAGCUGUUCCGUAGUAUUCAGAGCUUUGAUUUCAGCCAAAUUGGUUGGGUUUUUAGAAGUUAGAAUUUGUACCAGAUCUGGUACAAAUGUAC